UUUGAUCCGAACACCCGCUACCCCAGUCAGGCUGAUGCAACUUCAUUGAGGUGUCAGCGGUGUCUAAAUAUACGGGACCUGGAAAGAUGACAGACUGUCAUGGAGAUGGCGAAGGAGACAAAAGUCCUCUGGAGAUCUACGAGCAGCUGGCAGCUCAAGGAGACGAAGUCAGGGUCUUGAAAAACGCGAAAGCAGAGGAAGCUGAAAUUGCUGCUGCUGUCCAGAUGCUGCAAAAGAUGAAAGUAAACUACAAACAGUUGACGGGUCAGGAUUACAAAGCAGGCUGUCCGCCCUCAGACGACUCUGUUGCCCCUGACAACAGGCCAGCAGCAGAUGGGGCGAACAACGAAGACACUGUUGACCCAUGGAACGUUUCCACCGACAGCGCCAAGGGAGUGGAUUACGACAAACUCAUCGUGAGGUUUGGCAGCAGUAAAAUUGACAUGGAGCUGGUGGACAGAAUAGAAAAGGUAUCGGGACAGAAGCCGCACCACUUUCUACGCAGAGGGGUUUUCUUCUCGCACAGAGAUAUGCAUCAGGUGCUUGAUGCGUAUGAGAAGCACAAGUCCUUCUACCUUUACACUGGCAGAGGUCCGUCGUCAGAGGCCAUGCAUGUCGGUCACCUCAUCCCCUUCAUCUUCACCAAAUGGUUGCAGGAUGCAUUUGACAUUCCUCUGGUGAUCCAGUUGACGGACGAUGAGAAGUAUCUGUGGAAGGAUCUAACACUAGAAGAGUGCCACCGCUUUGCUGUGGAAAAUGCAAAGGACAUCAUUGCCUGCGGCUUUGAUGUGAACAAAACCUUCAUCUUCUCUGACCUCGAAUACAUGGGAGCAUCCCCUGAAUUCUACAGAAAUGUGGUGAAGGUCCAGAAACAUGUGACGUUCAACCAGGUCAAAGGCAUCUUUGGAUUUACCGACAGCGACUGCAUCGGGAAGAUCAGCUUCCCAGCCAUCCAGGCAGCCCCAUCUUUCAGCAGCUCGUUCCCACAGAUCUUUAAAGGCAGAACGGAUGUUCAGUGUCUCAUCCCCUGUGCAAUAGACCAGGACCCCUACUUCAGGAUGACCCGUGAUGUCGCUCCAAGGAUCGGCUACACCAAACCAGCCCUGCUGCACUCCACCUUCUUCCCAGCCCUGCAGGGGGCGCAGACCAAGAUGAGCGCCAGUGAUGCCAACACCUCGAUCUUCCUCACUGACACUCCCAAGCAGAUCAAAAACAAGGUCAACAAACAUGCCUUUUCGGGAGGAAAAGACACAGUGGAAGAGCACAGGAAGUAUGGUGGAAACCCAGAUAUAGACGUUGCCUUCAUGUACCUGACCUUCUUCCUGGAGGAUGAUGAACAGCUGGAGAAGAUCAGACAGGAUUACCUCAGUGGAGCUCUUCUCACGGGAGAACUGAAGAAGCUUUUGAUUGAGACGCUGCAGCCGAUCAUUCUGCAACAUCAAGAGCGACGCAAACAAGUCACAGCCGAGACAGUCAAAGAGUUCAUGACCCCCAGGCCUUUAAACUUUAACUUAUAGCCUGCUUGUGGAACUGUGACGUCAAGGUGUAUCAAGUCACUGAUCUCUCUGCCAGUGCAAAGAAUGAUCCAUCUUUUUCCAUUUAACUUGCAACGUGAAGACGAUGGUGUGCUACUCUGUGGCCGACGAAGCAUUACCCUCGCCUUCAUGCUACUUGUUAUAAAUCUAUUGUCAUGAAGUGUUUGUGUUUGCAGCGCUGCUGUAAUGUCACAUGAACCCGACUCUUCACCCAGAAAACCAUUCCGGAUGAAUGACAAAUAAAUAGUUAUUGUUGCUAAAUCUGCUUCCAACACAGCUACGCGUCCACCUUUUAACAGUGUUAGUCGAGAAGUUGUAUUUUACUUUGGGGGGGGGUAGCCAUAGCCAUUGAACAGUAACUGUCCCUUUGGAAUGAACAGAAGCAGCUGUGUGUAAGUGAUCGGUGCAGGAUGAUCAUAUGAGAGGUGAAUGUCUGAAGAGUUUGAGCAUAUCAAUAAAGAGGCUAUCUGUGUCAAAUGUUUGUCUUAUCAGCAAAAGGAAGUUAAUUCAACUCUUUCUGAGCGCAGUCGAAGUGUUGAGGGUAUGCACGGACAUAAAUAAAAAGGACUUGAACAACCACAAA